UGCUCUGGGUGAGAUUCAGACAUCCCUGCCCUGGAGCCAUUGCUGGGGCCCCGGAGCAGGGCAGCCGGGUCAGCGCCAGGCAGCCCCUUGCCCCCGGCCUCUGUGAUGCAGCUGCCAUGGCAACACAGCUGACAAUGGUACCAGCUGCCCCGGGCUGGGGGCGGGGAAAAGGCAGCAGGGACGGGACCCGAGCCCCAGACUUGUGCCCACAGGUUCCCUGGUGCAGGAGGCCCUUGGGGCGCAGCUCAGCCUUGCCACAGGGGGGCACCCCGCAGCACUCUGGCCCGUGGCAGAAGACGGGGGUAGCCGCGGGGGCGUCUGAGCGCAGCGAACCCAGGGGCGGCCGGCAGGUGCCACCAUGGCACGCCAGCUGAACAUGGACACGCUGCAGCAGGACUUCUGGAAGGAGGAAUACCUCAAGGAGCUGAUGCUCCGCUUCCGCUGGCACCAGCGCUACGGGGCAUCCGUCAAGGCCAGGCAGGAGCAGCUGCGCCAGCGGCGGCAGGCCACCGGGCAGCCGCUCAAGCUGCCCGCCCUCCAGUCUCCGACGCCCAUGCCCCAGGCCGAGCAGCCGCCCGAGGAGCCCACCAGGGCCGCUGGAGGCAUCCAGGAGGGGGAGAUGAUGCCCGUGGCGCCGGAGGUGCGGCAGCUGCUGUACCAGGGCAUCUCCCAGGACGGCGAGGGCCGGCGGCGCUACCUGACCCUCCGCACGGCCCACGCGCCUGAGGAGAAGUACUACACCCCCGUCACCACCAACUUCGUCUAUGGCUGGCAGAUGGGGAAAGCCACCACUGUCUACGUGCCCCCGUCACCCAAGUGCCGCAUCGAGAGCUUCUUCCGCAAGAACGGGGCCUUCUCGCUGCUGGAUCCACGCGACGUGGCCAUGUGAGAGCCCGGGCUCCCCGCCACGGGGCUCUGGGCCUGG